AUGAGCGGCACGAUGAAUGGGACACACGCGUCGAGUAACGGUCAUGCACCGGGUUCUCCAGUGAAGGAGACCCCGCCGAAAAUUCUCUUCAACGUCUGCCGAAAGGAGCUGUACCACCCCAACAAGGGUUACAAGCAGCUGGCUCGCCGCUUAAAGCAAGUCAGUACUGUGGAUAUAAACAAGGAGGAUAUAACCUUGGAGCGUCUGUUGCCAUACGACAUUGUUGUCUUUGGUGCCUCGCAGGAGAAGCUCAGCGAGGAAGACCUUGCCGUCAUUCGCGAGUACGUUGAGCAUGGUGGUUCGGUGCUUAUGCUCUUUGGCGAUGGACACGGUGGCCGUUACUCCUACCUAAAUCAGACGCUGGAUGCAUGGACAGGCAUCACGCUUAACGAGGACUGCGUUGUGCGCACCGUCAUGAACAAAUACCUGCACCCUAAGGAAGUGUGUGUCGCAAACGGGGUGACCAACAGGGCGAUAAAUAAGGCGGCUGGCAAAAAUGUUUUGGGAGCUCCUGGGUAUCAAGGCGACCGUGGAGGAUUUAAGGCAAGCGGCUCCGCCUUCGGUGAUCGUCCUGCCCCCGUGACGCUAAAUCGAACCGUCGCCGCCGGGGCUCUGGGGGGCGUAACGUUGAGUGCGGCAGCGAUGGCGAUGCAGCAGCAGAUGGUGGAGGAAACUGCAGCCGAGGGCCCCACCAGCCUUUCAUUUGUGUAUCCACACGGUCUUAGCUUCAACGUGAGCCGCCCAGCGGUGCCAAUCCUUAGCAGUGGGUUCAUGGCGUAUCCAUUAAACCGACCAAUUGCGGCAGUGUGGGAGUGCAAUGACGUGGUGGAACACAACGGUCAGCGGAAGCAAGGGAAACUGCUGCUGCUAGGCAGUGGCCUCGUGAUGGAGGAUGCCUGGUUUGGAAAGGAGGAAAAUGAGCUGCUAACGAACGUGCUCUUCGACUACAUGCAUCAUAGGGUGAAACUGAACCAAAUUGAUGCCGACGAACCAGACAUUACAGACUACAACCAUGUUCCCGACACCGCCUCCCUCUCCGAGCGAUUACGGGUUGCUGUAGAACAGCAGGAGGAAUUGCCGCGUGACUUCACCAAGCUCUUUCAAACUGAAACAUUCAAGCUGGAUACAGAUAUCAUUCCAGAGGUUAUUGAGGCGUACAAUAAACUUAACGUGAAGCAAGAGCCUUUAACACUUAUUCCACCGGAGUUUCUGACGCCGCUUCCUCCAGUGAAGCCUGCAGUGUUUGAACCAACCCAUCGGGAUCCGAUGCCGCCCGCGUUAGACCUCUUUGACCUAGACGAGGAAUUCGCACCAGAGAAGGUGCGGCUAAGUCAGUUAACGAACAAGUGCAAACCAGAGGAUGUUCAAUUUUAUAUUUUGCAGGCUGCAGAGAUUCUUGGCGUCACCAAGAAGCUACGAAGCCCACGCAAUCGCGACCCUCGUGCACUUCUAGACUACGUAUUUCGUCAGGUGGUGCAAUACAAGAAAGUCAAUGCUGGUAGUGCACACACGACAUCCAAUGCAGGGCUGGAUUCCUAUGGAAUCGACGCCAAUGCAGCAGCGGCUGCUGCCGCCGGUAGUAUGAUGCGCGUGAUACGCGUUUCCACCGGUGAAAACGGGAAUAAGGAUGCAACGCCGUUUGAGGAUAACGUUCCCUGGACGCUACAACUUCAAGCGGACUUUGGCAGUGGCAACAUUACGGGGAAGCUUAUCCUGCAUGAGUCUUCCACGCGGUUUCCUGCGCAAGAGGCGUCAUUGGAGGGCACGAUAAAGCCACCCGGGGAACGGGAAUACCCCAUGGAGUGGGGCGUGCUGGUACAGGGGGUACGGGAGGAACAGGUGUUCUUUGUUUUUCUCGCUAUGCUGCAGGGCAACGCGCUACGUGGUGUGUGUGAGGUUGCGAGUGGAAAUGGCCAUACCCGCAACUUUGUGUAUGAAAUUGAGGAGCUUUAA